UCACGUGUCAAAACAAGCGUGCAAGUGUUCCUGCUUGAAGUUUGGCCCUUCGUGCUUUCUGUUUAGCUCACUCUAUAAAAUACCAUCAGACACAAAGACACAUGCAAUGGCUGCAGUAGUUAACUUCAGACGCGUUCAUUAGAAACAGUUUUCUCUGUUGCCGUUUGUAACAACAUCGUGGAUGAUUGCAGCAGGAUCACUCGUCCUCCGGAUCAAUGGCGACCUGUGUUACAGAUUGUUCCAACAUCAUCUUGUCGGCCACAGCCUUGUACUCUUCUUACAAACUCUUUAAGGAUCACAGGGCUCCGUCACUCGGCUUCUUCCUGCUUGGAGUCUCUGCAGCAUUUUGCAUCUUUUAUCCCUCCAGCUCGUACCUCAUCUCUCUCCAGAGAGAAACAGAGUGGGCCGGGGAGGUUUUGGCUCCAGCAUUGGUCUCCUUUGACUUCCUGUGGCUCAGUGAAGACCACAACACGGCCCAUAUCCUCCUGUGUGGCUCCUGCCUGCUGCUGGGGCUGAGUGACUGGCUCUCAGCUGAUGCUCUCACCCUGAUGACGCGCUGCCUCAGCCUGUCCUCCCUGUCCUGCUGCCUGACCGUGUGUCUGUUUGCUGGGAAUGCUUCAGGGGCCUUUGGUGGCGUGGCCCUCAGCCUCCCAUUGCUUGUGACCCCGAGCCUCAGAACAAACACUUUUGCUCCACUCAUUGCUCCAGCUGCAACUGAGGGACUCACCGAGUGGCUUUUAAAGGGCUCCAUGUCUGUUGGCUGCUGGGCCUCCACACAGGCCCUAAACAAGUUUCUUUUGGAUGUGACGGACCAUUCAAACAUAGGUAUUUAGUAAAUGUAUCUCAGUAGAGAUUUGAAUGGGUAGUCAGGAUGCAUAUACACUACUGGUCAAAAGUUUUAGAACACACCAACUUGAUGGUGAAAAUGAAAAUUAUGCAGUUUAAUGUCUCAGUGUACUCUGAAAUUAAUGCACAUUUGCAACAUUUAAAAUUCUUUAUUGAGCGUGAUAGUGUUUUGAAAGUAAAAAAAUAUUCAAAAUCACAUUUUAUGUUGGACUAAAGGACUAAAAAAAGAAAAAAAAAAUGACCAAAAAAAGACACCAAAAGACACAAAAUCACUAAAAAAAGACACAAAAUGACCAAAAAAUACACAAAAUGACCUACAAAGACACGAAAAGAAUAAAAAAAUGGACAAAAUAGCCCAAGACUCCAUAGAGUUAAGUUAUUAACCCAUUUCUUGUUUCUUGUUGAAAAAGGCCUACUUGUAUAAUUCUGAAAUGUACAUUAUCUUUCAGUUUUGGUUAACCUUACCUUUUUUUAUUUACCUCUGGCAGUUCACCACUUACCUUUGUACCCUUUCAAGCUGUUCAUUUGACUUGAACUGCUAGAAUUUCAAUAAAAAACUGGAAAAAUUGGGGUGUUCUAAAACUUUUGACCGGUAGUGUAUAUUAAUGAACUGUCAAGUGUAACAGAGUGGACCUAUGCAAAAAUGAUAGUGCCUAACUUAAAAGCAUUUCAGGACAUCUGUGAGGAAGAUUUGAGUUGAGUUGGAUUAAGUGUAUUGCCAAUGCCAUUAAAACGAUAACACUAAAACUAUAACACUGUUAAUAGAGAUUUAACAUAAGCUAUCAUCUUAAGGUACAAAUAUUUACAAAAAAAGGGUAAGGAACACCAAAGCCAACAAACGCAUAAGCACUGAUAGGAAAGACUGAUCAACCGAUCAAUUCCAGUAUUGCUGAAGUGAUCGGCUGAUAAUUCCAUUAGUAGAUUAUCAGAAAAAUAUAUGAUUUAUUAUUACAUUUUAAUUAUUUUGAAAACCAAGCUGUUAUUAAGCAUAAAAGCAAAAAUGUCACACAGCAGCUUGUUAGAGCUUCUCAAAUGUUUGGAUAUCCUGCUUUCAUCUUUGUUACGUAAUAAUAAAUUAAAUAUCCUGAGACAAGCAGUCUUUGGGAAAUGAGGCAUUUUUAACAACUUUUGUUUUGCCUUGUACAUGAUGUGAUUAAAUAAUUAAUGUAAACAUAUCAAAAGAUUAAAAUUGAACCAAAAAAAAAAAAAGAAAGAAA